AUGCAAGUGAAGCGCGGCGGCUGGGUGGAGGAGUUCCGCUCCAAGCUGUGCCUGGUGGACCUGGCGGGCAGCGAGCGCGCCCACGACACAGGCCUCACCGGUGUUGGGCUCGAGGAGGGCAUCGCCAUCAACCAGUCGCUGUCGUCCCUGGGGCAGUGCCUGGUGCAGCUCUGCAAGGGCGAGCGAGUCAACCAUAGCGACAAGCUCACCAAGCUCUUGGCUGAAAGCUUGGGCGGCAACGCUGUGACGGUGAUGAUUGCUGCGCUUUCUCCUGCGGACAUCAACUACAACGACACGCUAUCCACGCUGCGCUUCGCAGACAACGCCAAGAAGAUGCCGGUGAAGGUGAAGAAGCAGCUAGACCCCACGGCAGAGCUCAUCCGCCAGCUGCAGGAGGAGAACGCCAAGCUCCAGGCCCAGCUGACCUCCAUGGGCAGUGAGGAGAUCGAGAAAGAGCGGCGGGACUGGGAGGAGAAGUUGGCAGCUGCGGACCAGAAGGUGUCAGACUCGCAGAAGGCGUUGGAAGAGAUGAAGGCCAACGCGGAGUCCAACGUGCGUGUCCACCUCUCGCGAGCCAAGACUGGCGUCGUGGAUGAGGGCCUUACGGUUGAGGAGUUGGAGGCGAAGGUGCAGGAGCUAGAGGCCCUGAAGAGCAGUAGUGACGGCCAGCUGGAGGAGCUGAAUCAGGAGAUUAGCAGGCUGCAGGCAAAGAUCCAGGACAUGGGAGGACCAGAGGCAGCCGAGAAAGAGCAGGACGAGCUGGUUGACCUCCUCCGCUCAAAGACCACCAACGAGGCUCACAACAGCUCCAUCCAAGAGCAGCAGAAGGAUACCUUGGCGAUGCUCAUGGAGGCUCGCCUCGGGGAGAUCGAGCGCUUGCAGGAUGCCCGGGAUGCGGUACGCUUGGAAGUCUUGAAGGUGAAGAAGGACGGUGGCACGGACACCUCUGCACAGGAUGAGUGCGUGGAGAAGCUUGAAGAGCAGCUCAAGUUGGCCAGGCAGGAUUGCGAGAGCAUGACCGAGAAGGCAGCAGAGGUAGGCAUGGGCAAGAUCUUCCGCGCCGCCAUCCUGGCGCUUCAUCGACAGGAUGAGGACUCGAAGGUACAGUACCUCCAGGAUCAGCUGUCCAUUCUGCAAGCCUCCGCCGACCAGGACCACGCCCAGGUCUCACGCCUUGAGGAAGAAAGCGCCACCGCUUUGGCCGAGGCGCUGAAGGCAGCGGAGGAGGCCAGGGCGGCGUCGGAGGAAGCGCUGCAGGAGAAGAUGGAGCACGUGCAGGCCAUCGCCGCGGAGCGGGACGAGGCGCGCACGGAGGCCACACGCCUCAAGGAGGAGAUGGGCAGCUCCAAGGAAGAUCUCAUGGAGAAGCAGGAGGCGAUCGCUGCCAUCAUUCGAAGUGAGAUGCAGUCCUGGGAAGACAAACUGAAGAAAGCAGAUGAAUCCGAGCAGGUCCUGAAGAAGUCCUUUGAGGACAUGGGCGUGAGCAUGCAGGACAUGAUGGCACUGCUUACGAAAGGGGCGGGCUUCGGGAAGGAUGACACUAUCUGCCACUUUGUCAACCUUUGUGAGGAUGCACAUGACGACGGCCUGAUAUACUUGAUCCCCCCUGGCACCACCAAAAUCAAGAAGUUCGAAGACAACGACGAGGAGGUAUGCAUCAAGCUGGACGGCGACAGCAUCCGAGCAGUACAUGCCAUCCUGGAAUCCCUGGAUUCCACAGGUGUGAUGAUCAAGUCGGCCUGCGCGGAGGCGGUGACUUGGGUCAACGGGGAGCAGCUGGUCCACGGCAAGGAUGCGGUCAAGCUGGAGCACGGCGCGCGGGUCAUCCUGGGCCAUGACUUCGUGUUCAGGUUUGUGGACCCCAAGGGCAAGAAGAAGAAGGCUCACCCCAUGGCCGCCACCGGGGGCUUCGAUGAGAAGGGCCAGCCGGUGGUGAUCGACUGGCAGUACGCCAUGGCCGAGCUCUCCAGGAAGAACGGGGUGGAUGCGGACGAGGAGAUCCGCAAGGCCAGAGAGAAGCUGAACGAUGAGAUGGCGCAGAAGGAGGCCAAGUUGGCAGAAGAGCAGAAGCUGCUGGAGGAGAAGAUGCAACAAGAGCGGCAAGGGUUUGAGAAGCAGAUCGAGGAAUUGAAGAAGAAGGGUCAUAAAGCCAAGAAGGUUGAGGAGGAGCAGGUUCAGACUCAGGGCGCUCUGAAGAAGUUUAAGUCCAAGCUGGACAUGCAGAGGUCUCGGGCGCAGUGGGUACGAGCAGCCUUCACGGCUGGCAAGGACUCGCGAUUCGAGCUGGACAUCCGCAUCUCUCGGCAGCAGAUGGCGGACAUCCAGCCCAGAUUGGUGGAGGCCAACCGCAUCGGCACACCCAUGGGAUUCCAGUACAGCUUCCAUUUCAUCGAUGCUGUGGACCCAAGGGCCCGGAGGGUGGCCGCCGGCGCGGGCUUCGACGACGCGGGGGAAGAGGUGGUGGCACCCAAGCGGCUGCUUCUGCAGAUCAAGGUGAACAAUCAGAAGACGGAGAAGCAGCAGCUGUGGUCGCUUCCGAAGUUCCAAGAUCGCUUCGUGAAGAUGCUCGGCUUUGCGAAUCGGGCAGCCGGGCAGGGCGCGACUGAACAGGAGCUGGCCUACUUCUGGGAUGAGAUGGAGCACCAGCUGGUUGGCACAGCAGCCAUCGGGGUUACGCCAUUGAUGAAACUGGACUUGGUCAAGGAGUAUGUGACGCUGAGGGACUUCGACGGCAACGUUUCAGGAGCGUUGGAGGUGAGCAUGAAGAUGAUCUUGAGCCAGAAGCCCUCCCUCUCGCGGAUUGGUACCGAGGUUGGCACAGCGGCGCUGAAGAACUGCGAAGUCACCGGGAGCGUCACUUUCGGCCGCCUUGCGUACGAGGGCGCUGAGAGUCGCAACUGGGGCAGCUUCUUCGUGCGCUUCUCCUGGUUCGACACCGAGGGGCGCAUGGAGCAUCACUCCCCCGCGGCAGAGGCCACGGAUUUGCAGCAUACCUUCGAAUUCAAGCAGGUGUGCAAUGGCGAGUUCAUCAAGUUCUUAGAGAGUGGCGUCAUGGCCAUUCAGAUCCGCGCCUACGAGCGGGGCGCGGCCGCCGGGGAGCUGGACAUUGUGAAGCAGAAGCUGCGCCUAGCAGAGGACCAGCUUGCCAUCCUCAAGAAGCAGCAAGAAGAGGCACGCACUGCGGAUGACUCCAUCAACCAGCUGGACGGCUCCUUUAAGGGCAGCUCCAUGCGCGUGGCAAAGCCCAAGACGGAGCCCGGCUGCUUCGCGGCCAUUUGCGGGGGUACCACACCCAAGGAGCGCGAGGUGGAUGUGAUCCUCAUCGGGGCGGGGAUCAUGAGCGCCACCGUGGGGCUGAUGCUCAAGGACCUGGAGCCGGACUGGAAGAUGAUGAUGUUCGAGCGCCUGGGAAAGCCGGGCGAGGAGAGCUCAAAUGGAUUCAACAACGCAGGCACUGGCCAUUCUGGCUACAUGGAGCCCAACUAUACCAAGGAGGUGAAGAACCAAGACGGCAGCCUGAAGACGGUGACCACGGACAAGGUGGAGCACGUGUGUGAGCAGUUCCUUUCAAGUCGCCAGUACUGGGAGUACCUCACCAAGAAGGGCUACCUGCCCGCCCCUGAGAGCUGGAUCCACCACACGGACCACAUCGCCCUGGGCGUGGGCAAGGACCAGGUGGAGUUCAUCAAGAAGCGCUACGAGGCCAUGAAGAGCAACCCGCUCUUCAGCACCAUGGAGAUUUGCCUGCCAGAGGAGAAAGAGAAGGCGAAGCAGUGGGCUCCUUUGAUCGUUGCCGGCCGUGAUCCCAGUGAGCCAAUUUGUAUGACAAAGGUGCCCCAUGGAACAGAUGUGGACUAUGGCGCCCUGACCAAGUCCAAGAUCACGGCAUUUCAGCACCUGGGCGGCGAUUUGCGACUUCACACCGAAGUCACCGAUUUGAAGAAGAAGGACGGCAAGUGGGUGGUGACCACCAAAGUCAAUGGCGCUGGCUCCGGAUGGGCCUACAAUAAGGCGAAGUUUGUGUUUGUGGGUGCGGGCGGCUGGGCGCUUCUCAUGCUGCAAAAGGCAGGCAUCCCGGAGGUGAGGGGCUACAUGGCCCUCCCGGUGACUGGCGACUGGGCGAUCUGCCAGAACCCGGAGGUGGUGACCAAGCACAAGGUCAAGGUCUAUGCGCCGGGUGCCCCCGGAGCGCCGCCCAUGUCCAUGCCGCACUUGGACUACCGCACCAUCGGCGGAAAGGAGGUUCUGCUGUUCGGACCUUUCGGGUCCAUGACCAUGAAGUUCCUGCGCUACGGCUCCAUCACCGACGCCUUCAAGGCUUUGAAGCCCCACAACCUUCUGCCCACUAUCGGGGCGCUCUCCAAGAACAUGAGCCUGGCCGUCAUGCUCAUGAAGGACGUUUUCAAGAGCUCUAUGGGCAAGCUCUACGACAUUAAGCAUUAUUACCCAGAGGCUGAUCCUGACGACUGGGUCUUCAUCCCAGCAGGAGUGCGGGCCCAGAUUAUCAAGAAGGAUCCCAAGACUGGCAAGGGCAUGCUGCAGUUCGGCACGGAGGUGGUCACCGGGGAGUCGGGCACCAUCUGCGGCUUGCUGGGUGCCAGCCCCGGCGCCUCCACCUGCGUCUCCAUCGCCCUGGACGUGAUCGAGAAGUGCUUCGGCAACAAGCCGGAGUACCCGAAGUGGAGCACGAAGCUUAAGGAGAUGAUCCCCAGCUGGUCCGCGGACGUUGCCGCUGGGGAUAUGAAGAAGGUGACCCCCGAGGUCGUCGACAGGAUUUACAAGUCCACCGGCUCCACUCUCAAGAUCGCCAAGUAG